AUAAAAGGUAACAGUUUCUGGAACAACAAAUAAAUGUGUGUGUGUGUGUGUGUGUGUGUUUGUGUGUGUGUAAAAAUUAAAUUAACAAGAGAAAACACAUAGGCCUGCUGCACAUAGGCUGUAUAAGUUAAGCACUCUGUCCUGCUUAGGCUUUUUUUGCAAUGACAGGGACAGCUGCUGUCAGCUCAGCUGUCUGUGGCAAAUACUUUCAAAGACAUAUUAACCCCUAUCUUAGGCCUACUUGGCCAAAUCCAUUGCAAGUCAUUGGCUGCCUAAUUAGUUAAAGGGAAUAAUACAAAAAAACUUGAAACGUGAUUCUUGUCUCUUUGCUGCGCCCUUUCUAGACAGUCAUUCUGUGAGCCAGGUUACUGUAACCCUGGAGCGGAAGUCGAGGAUCGCAUGUCUAUUUUCUCCCGGUUAGUCAGCCCGAGUUAGCCACCUGCUCCCAUCAAUCACAGUAGAGGACGUCUGAGUUUUUGCCAUUCCUCCAGCAUGGUAGCUGAAGAAAACGACUAACCAUGAAGCUCCUAGUUUCUCUGUUUGCUGUGUUUGUUCUUGGCUUGGCUCCAGAGUGCCAGGGGCGGAAUGAAGAGGAGCGCCUCAUUAACUAUCUGUUCAAGGAGCGCCGCUAUAACAAGGAGCUCCGCCCAGUGCAGAAAAAAGACGAUGUGGUGCCAAUUUACCUGAGCAUGACACUCUCAAACCUUAUCUCCCUGAAAGAAGUAGAUGAAACACUCCUGUCAAAUGUAUGGAUGGAACAUGGAUGGGAUGAUCUAAGGCUUUCAUGGAAUGCAUCAGAGUUUGAUGGGAUAGCUGAGCUGCGUUUGCCUGCUAGUAUGGUCUGGCUGCCAGACAUUGUUUUGGAGAACAACAAUGAUGCUCAGUUCCAGGUGGCCUACUACUCCAAUGUGGUGUUAUAUGAAGCAGGGUUCAUAUACUGGCUGCCCCCUGCUAUAUUCCGAAGCUCAUGCACAAUCAACGUCAACUACUUUCCCUUCGACUGGCAGAACUGCUCACUUAAGUUCAGCUCUUUGACCUACAAUGCCAGGGAGAUCAGCAUGCAUCUGAAAUCGGACGCAGAUGAAAAUGGCAACGCUUACACUGUAGAAUGGAUCGUUAUCGACCCUGCCAGUUUUACAGAGAAUGGAGAGUGGGAGAUCAUUCACAAACCAGCCAGGCGAAAUAUCUACAGCAGCAUCCCAAAGGAAAGCAAUAAGCACCAGGAUAUUACUUUUUAUCUGAUCAUCAAACGCAAGCCGUUGUUCUACAUCGUCAACAUCAUCAUUCCCUGUGUGCUCAUCUCUUUCAUGGCCUCGCUGGUUUAUUUCCUGCCUGCAGACAGUGGUGAGAAGAUGACUCUGUCCAUCUCUGUGCUACUGGCCCAGUCUGUGUUCCUGCUGCUGAUCUCACAACGUCUGCCAGAAACAUCAAUGGCAGUCCCGUUAAUCGUCAAAUAUCUGGUGUUCAUCAUGGUGCUGGUUACAGUGGUGGUGCUCAACUGUGUCAUUGUACUGAACCUCCACUUCCGCACGCCCAGCACUCACAUCAUGUCUGAGUGGACCAAAGACUCGAAGAGACACGGCCUGGAGACUCGUGUCACACCCUCAAUUUCAAAACCUGGUGAUGAGGAGGGGACCCAGCAACUCUUCACUGAGAAACCUGCUGUGGACGGAGCCAAUUACAUAGUCAAGCACAUGCACGACAAAAAUGACUACAAUGACGAAAAGGACAGCUGGAGUGGGAUAGCCCGGACAGUAGACCGCCUCUGUUUCUACCUGGUGACUCCAGUCAUGACAAUUGGGACCAUCUUUAUCUUCCUGACGGGCAUGAUCAAUCACCCUCCCCCACUGCCUUUCGAAGGAGACUCUCAUAACUACCUGGAGGAGAAUAAACGUCUUAUAUGAACAAUCUUUCUCCCGCAAAUGCAUGAGUGUUUCUGGCAGGUUGAGCUAUUUAGAAUUUUUAGUUGGUGCCUUUUAAAAAAUUGUGGUGAAUUGGGAAAUGCAUGAUGCGUUAAGUUGCCACAAAAACAGCAAGCACCUAUAACCUGCUGUUAUAGAACUGACUUCUAUAGAGAGGACUGUGUUUGUUGUUAUGUGCCACAUAUGCUUCAAAUUUAAUAAGAAAAGACUUCGGUUUAAAAACUAUAGUCAUAAGUUAGUUAUUAGUUUUUACAUGUAAGUCAAGUGUAUACGUAAGCCUCAAAGUCGUGGCAUACUUUUUGAAAAUAUGUGGCUUUUUGAAUGAUUUGAAAUUAAGGAAUACUGUAAUAUCGAGUAUAGGUUUCAAGUACUUUGUCUGCAUUUUUUUAAGUAAUCAGAGAAGUGUAGCCUACUUAUUUGUUUGAUUGGAUAUGAAUAUUGUAGAAAGAAAAAUUUUCUCAACUCCAAGUAAAUGAUGGCAUUUCUUAGUCUGUGGUGAUCGGUUUUAUACUUGAAAUAAACAUUUUUCUUUUCUGUUAUCCAAAUAAAUUGAGUAGUGUUUUAUUUAUCUCUUAUUUAUAUACAUAUUUUCAUGUCUUGAUAAGAGUCUACUGAUCAAAAUGUAAUGUUUAUUCAACAGAUUUGAAAAUUACACACCCAAAAGAUCUUCUGGUGCCUAUUUUCUUGUAUUGACAGGAGACAAGUCCCUGGCC